AAAAACGAGGAUCUCCAUAAGACCGUUGUGAACGACUUGCAUCAAGCCUAUCGAUUUGUGUGUGUUGAUGAAACUCAAGGUUUCUGCAAAAAAGAAGAAACGUAUUAUUUGGUGUCGAUGAAUGCGGAUGAGAAGAAACCGUUGAAUCACUACUAUGUAGCUACUUUCGCGAGAUAUGUUGGAACUGUUUAUGUGGAAGACUUUUCAUUGCCAGCCUUACCAACUUCGAUGAUUGGAAUGAUCUUCACUCCAUCAGAAGAAGACAUUGUUAAAUUGACUGAUUCCGAACAAUUCUGCGGUCACUACAUGUUCCCAUAUUGCAUAUUGGAUAAACACUUGCCAUUUUGGGGUGGAUACGUCGGUUCACACUUUGAAAUCCAGUGGAAAGACCAGAGCUAUGCAAAAAACAAGGCUAAUUAUCCACAGUUUGAUUACUCAUUCCUUGAGGAUUCAACGUUCGUUCAGAAUUUGGAAUCUCUCGAUAUGAACGCAGGUGUUCCAUUCCUCAACGAAAGAAUUUAA